GACUGGGCUGCGGUGGAGAGCCAUCUGCCGAAGCGCAAUUGUGCUGUACAAAUCGUGCCCUGUUCGAUAGUGUUGGGUACCAUUCUGGAUACCAGACCCGAUCUUGCCUUGACUUACUUCCGACUAAUGAAGAAUAACAUGGCCAUGGACGCCAGCCCACAGCUUAUACUGAGCGUUCUCCUUGCAAACAAUCUGAUACGCGAAGCUUUGGAGCAUACUCGAGAAGUUGUCAACAAAGUUAAUGCAGCAGGGCUAGACCCAAGUGGAAGCAGAGACAUGAUGAGAUUCUUCUUCUCUACGUGUGUGGAAGGUAAGCUGAACCUGAACGCCUGCCACAGUCUUUUUUUGCUGUAG